CCGGAGAUGGCCGCCCAUCAUAAGCUUGGUUUCCCUGAGAAUCUUUGGCCCGAAGCAAGCCCGAAGACAAAUCCACUCGACCGGACUCAAGUGCUAUCAAGGAAUCCAGAAAUCAUGGCCAAGAUAAUGCAGGCUGGAAAGCGGGCGAGAAUGAAGUCCAGCGUCAGUUACAUUUCUGCUAUCGCGCGCCAGUCGUGAGUCCUUCGCAGCUUCGGCUCGGCCAAUCAUAGGUGUGCUAUUGCCAGACCAUCAUUUUGUCUCCCCGAAAUCGACACCCUAGCAGCUCCGUUACCGAUUUUGACAGCUCACACGAUGGACGACACCAAGCCAUACGAACUCGGCGAAGUCGACAAAAGUCCUGAUGCUGCGGUAUACAUGACUGAGACUUCUGAAACGAUCGAGGCCGUCUCGGCGGAUGGAGAAAGUAUGGAAGCCCGAGUCCUACACUCUGUCAACCAUCGAAAAUUGAAUGCGCGACAGAUUCAGUUGACUUCUAUAGCUGGUUCUAUUGGAGCUGCUUUGUUUGUUGCCAUUGGAUCCGGCGUAAUUUCUGGUCCGCUGUGUCUCCUGAUAGCUUUCGUCUUCUGGUCUUCCGUGGUGUACAGUGUCGCCCAAUGUCAGCAGGAGAUCGUUUCCCUCUUUCCCUACGAUGGAUCGUUCAUUCGACUGGCUGGCCGUAUGGUUGACCCCGCACUGGGUGUCGCCGUAGGAUGGAAUCAUUUUUUUGCCCAGACAUCCUAUGUCAUCUUUGAGGCCACCAUCAUCAACACUCUUGUAGAGUACUGGGGAUACGACCAGUCACCAGCCAUAUUGAUUUCUGUGUCUCUGGUUCUUUUCUUGGCCAUCAACAUCUACAGAGCGGACUUGUUCGGAGAGGCAGAGUUCUGGCUCGCGAUGGGUAAGGUACUCCUAGCUAUCGGUCUCCUGUUCUAUACGUUCAUAACUAUGGUCGGGGGCAAUCCCAUCCACGACAAAUUCGGUUUCCGAUACUGGAAAGAUCCGGGACCUUGGGUUGGUGACUCUGGUAUCUCUCGGUUCGAGUCCUUCGUCAAUGCCGUCAUCGUGGCUGGCUUUUGUACCGGUGGUCCAGAGUACAUCUCCAUGAUUGCCGGGGAAGCCAAAAACCCCAGAAAGACCAUUCCUCGAGCUUUCAAGACCAUCAUGGCGCGCCUGGUCAUCUUCUUUGUUGGCGGCUCCCUUGCUGUCGGAAUUCUCGUCCCGUCCAACGACGAAACUCUGACCGGAGGCAGUGACACUUAUGCCGGUGGUUCUCCCUAUGUCAUCUCCAUGCAAAGACUCAAGAUUCCUGUCCUCCCAUCCAUCGUCACUGCAGCCCUGUUGACCGCCAUCUUCUCUGCUGGUAAUGCGUACACCUUCAACGCAUCUCGUUCUCUGCAUGCCCUCGCUCUGGACGGCAAAGCCCCAGCUUUUUUACGCAAACACAACAGGCACGGUGUCCCCUACACUUGUGUGAUCGUGGUCAUGCUUCUGUCUUGUCUUGCAUAUCUUGCUCUGGGGUCUACUUCUGCCAAGGUUUUGAACUGGAUUUUGAACUUCUGCACCGCUGCCACUCUCUUCAACUGGACUGUCAUGUCUUUCACUUGGAUACGAUUCAACCAAGCCAUGAAAGCACAAGGCAUCGACAGGCACAUUUAUCUCCCAGCGCCUUCCAAGGUCCAACCUUAUGCGGCAUACUGGGCCUUUGUCUGGGGCUUCAUCUUCCUCUGGGUCCAAGGAUACGCGGUAUUCCUCAAGGGAAGCUGGAGUACUGCGACUUUCAUCUUCAACUACGGUAUUAUUGCUCUCGCUGGGGGGAUUGGGCUUGGGUUCAAAAUCUUCCAGCGGACACCUUUCCACCGCUCCAAAAAUGUUGAUCUAAAGACCGAUCUCGAUUUCUUCGAGGCUCUGGACAGCUACUACAAAGACCAGCAGGAUGAUGUCCCAUCGAACUACAAGGACAAGAUCAUGGCGAAGCUCUUCUAGGCUUCUUCUCUUCUUUGAGUAUCAGUUGGGGCGGCGUAUUCCCACGAUGUUUUGAGUUCGAGCUUGUUGUAGUGUGUUGUUCAGCCAAUCUGAUAUUGCCAUAUAUGUAUGCACG